AACUGUAAUACCCAAGCUGGGAUCAGUCCCAACUACAGUUGGGACGAUUGUCAAGUUGGAUUACGGAUUACGGCUAGCUGGGGACCUUGGUUUGUGUACAAAGUUUCGCUCAAUCUGAUUGAACUUUGGAUGGCAAAUCAGGUGAUGAAUGUUAUCACGUAGCUACGUACUAGUAGUAGUACUACCAGCAUUCAGUUUUAAUCGUCUCGGAGCGAGGAGAUUGGCCAUUUUAAGGUUGUACAAUGGCAGGUACGACUGAAGUCAGAGAGCAACAUCGCUUUGAUGAGCAGAAAUUGCAUGACUUCUUGAUCAGCAGAGUCCAGGGGUUUCCCCAAAGUUUAUCCAGCUACUUAUCUGUACGGCAAUUUAGCUCCGGUCAGUCCAACCCGACUUUCUUCAUCUUCAAAGAUGGAUGUGAAUAUGUUAUGCGCAAGAAACCACCUGGUCAAUUGCUUAAAGGGGCACACCAGAUUGACCGUGAGUUCCGUGUACAGCAGGCUUUACAUAAAGCCAAUUUCCCUGUCCCAAGACCCUUGGUCUACUGUGAUGAUGAAUCUGUCAUUGGGACUGCAUUCUAUGUCAUGGAACAUGUUCAGGGUCGUAUCUUCAGGGAUGUCACCCUGCCUGAUAUGAGUCCAUCAGAGCGGUCUGCUAUCUAUGAUGCGAUGAAUGAGGUCCUGGCUCGUCUACAUUGCUUAGACUGGAGGAAGAUGGGACUACAGGGCUAUGGUAAAGACAGCAACUACUGUGGACGUCAGAUUAACACUUGGAACAGGCAGUUUAUAGGUGCUACAAAGCUAGCCUCCCUUCCAGAGAACCAUGCAGCUCAGCAGCUUGUUCAGUGGUUGAUGGACAACAAACCAACGACUGCAGAGAAGACUACCAUUGUCCAUGGAGACUUUCGGUUGGACAACAUCAUAUUCCAUCCAACACUGCCUAAAGUAAUAGCAGUCUUAGAUUGGGAGUUAUCUACUCUUGGUGAACCACUGACUGAUGUUGGAUAUGCCUGCAUGCUGUACCAUUACCCUCAAGACAUGCCGAUUCAUCUUAUCAACCCAAACCAGAAACAGUUUUCAAGUCUGGAGAGUUUGGCUGGCAUUCCUGAUGAGCAUUCAUUCUUAACAUCUUACUGCCAGCGUUGUUUGUUGCCUUACCCACUACCUGACUGGAACUUCUAUCUGGCUCUUUGUUUCUAUAAAAUGGCUUCAAUUGGUCAGGGAGUUUAUUGUCGUGCUGUUCUUGGGAAUGCAAGUUCAUCAUUUGCCAGUAAUUUUGAUGAUGUUGUAAAGGUCAUGCUCAACACUGGACUGAAGCAGACAGCGAGCAGGACUGACGAUAGUGUUGUAUUUGCCAAACCAUCCUCAUCUCUGAUGUUGGAGAUGCAGCCAGUGUUAGAAUCUCAACCAUUAUCACACCGAGCUAAAGACGUCCUCCAGAAGGUUCAAGACUUUGUUAAGAAUGAAGUCCUUCCGGCUGAAGAGAUAUACCUCUCCCAAGUGCAUAGUGGAGCAUCUAUCUGGUGUGAACCUCCCAUCAUGGAGGAGUUGAAGACAAAGGCCAGGGCCCAAGGACUUUGGAAUCUCUUCCUACCAGCGCAGAGCGGGUUUGGUCAACUUGAAUAUGCCUUCAUGGCUGAGGCUAUGGGACAAUCAUUCAUUGGUUCAGAGCCAUUCAACUGCAGUGCUCCAGAUACUGGUAAUAUGGAGGUUUUACACCUUUAUGGAAAUGAAGCACAGAAGAAACGAUGGUUAGAGCCACUACUGGAUGGAACACUCAGAUCCUGCUACUGUAUGACAGAGCCACAAGUGGCUUCAAGUGAUGCUACCAAUAUGGAAUGUUCCAUUGUGAAAGAAGGGGAUACCUAUGUCAUCAAUGGCCGGAAAUGGUGGAGUAGUGGUGCUGGUGAUCCACGCUGCAAGGUUGCUAUAUUAAUGGGACUCACUCCUAACAAGAACAAAUCCAGACAUCAGCAGCACAGCAUGAUUAUAGUUCCUAUGGAUGCACCUGGUGUUAAGAAGAUUCGUCCCUUGACAGUCUUUGGAAAUCCAGAUGCACCUCAUGGACAUUAUGAGAUCGAGUUUACCAAUGUACGCGUCCCAUUGGGUAACAUGAUUCUUGGUGAGGGACGAGGCUUUGAAAUCGCCCAAGGUCGUUUAGGUCCAGGGCGCAUCCAUCACUGCAUGCGCGGUAUCGGAAUGGCAGAGAGGGCGCUAGAGUUAAUGUGUCAGCGAGCCAUGCAGAGGAAAGCAUUUGGUAAAGAGCUAGCCAAAAUGGGUGUUAUUCAGCACCAGAUUGCAGAGUGCCGUUUGCUGAUAGACCAGGCUAGGCUACUCACCCUCAAAGCCGCACACACUAUCGAUCAGUUUGGAACCAAGGAAGCUCGCAAACAGGUUGCUAUGAUCAAGAUUGUUGCUCCACGCAUGAUGAACAAGGUGAUUGAUCAAGCUAUCCAGAUCUAUGGAGGGGCGGGCGUGUGUCAGGACACACCCCUAGCUGGGUUCUAUGCUGGAGCUCGUAGCCUACGCAUUGCUGAUGGGCCUGAUGAAGUACAUCUUACUACUAUUGGUCUGCUGGAACUCAAAUCACAAUCACUCAAGGCAAAGCUGUAAUAACUGCAGAUCUAUGGAGGGGCGGGCGUGUGUCAGGACACGCCCCUAGCUGGGUUCUAUGCUGGAGCUCGUAGCCUACGCAUUGCUGAUGGGCCUGAUGAAGUACAUCUUACUACUAUUGGUCUGCUGGAACUCAAA